UGUUGAUAAUUAAUAAAAUUGUAUUGACACUUCUAAAUUGAUGUUGCGUGGAAAAAUGAAACAUGAAGCAAAAGUUGAAAUCGAUGGGUCUUAUUGUCCUGAAUUGAAAUGCCGAUGGAACAGUUACGGUAACUAUAGACUUAUCAUUUGGGCAUGGAUGAUGAACGACAUCACGGUCAUGUUCUCUCCGGCGGAAAUUUCACACAAUGGAUUUUACGCGCAUGCAGCCCUACAAACUGUAGCUGUAAUCCUAGUUGGGAUGCCACUCGCGUAUUCCGAGAUAUGUUUGGCUCAGUACACGAAUUGCAAUAUAUUCUCGAUGUGGGAUUUCUUUCCGCUGUUUAAGAAUGUUGGUUAUGGUACAUUAUUUUUGAUUCUGCUAAAAACGAUAUACUUGCUGGUGUUAACCUCUUGGUAUUUGAUUUACACAUUUUACUCAGCGCUUGAUGUUCCUCCUUGGCUUAGCUGUGACGAUUAUGGUGAUACAAAAUGCAUGGUAAAACGCGUAAACGUUUCAAUUUUUCAACACUGCUUGGAAGCCCAAAUUUUGUUUGAAGACGAUUGUGGAAUGAAGACUGCAAGCAACUGUUUCUUUGAACGAGAAAUAGGCGGUAACUGUACUGUGGAUAUCGGAUUCGAAUGCUUACUUCCUUGGAAAACAAUAGUGGCAGCAACAGCAAUUUGUUUAACAGUGUAUAUUUUAUCAAUUAAGAAAGAAAAAUUUAUUCAAAUUUUGGUUAGGCUUACAGCAUUUUAUAUUUGUUUUGUGAUACUGGUUUUAUUUUGUGUAGCAUUGUCAACCAGCGGUACUUGGUAUGCAACAAAAAUUACUAUAAAUUGGACCAAUUAUACAUUCCUUAAUUGCUACAGCACUGUCACUAGGGGAUUCCUCUCCGUAGGGACGGGGUACGGCAUAUUAAUUUUCUUAACUCGGGACGUGUCAUUUCGAAGUCCUGCAACUAUGACUUCCAUUAGUAUGCCUCUGUUCGCGUUAUUCGUCUCUUUUAUGUUUGCACUUAUUGCAUUUAGUGGCAUUAAAACAAUGUCCUACUAUCAUGGAGAAGAAGAAAAUGUCAUAGAAAUCGGCUCAAGUUUAUUUUUUCCUAUGUUUGCUUCUAUGUCUGAGAUUAUGAGCUACUUUGAUGCAUUGCCAAUGUGGGGAUUUUUUUGGUUUUCCGUAUGUUUCUUUAGUCUAUACAUUAAUUUCUGGAUUCUGUAUUUGUUUCUAAAAGAAUGUUUGCUCUCCAUGGAAAUAGCAAGGUUGUAUACAAAGUUAUCCUGUUUGAUAAUGCUAAUAGUCAUAGGUAUAUUGACUUUGCCCUUUUUAUGUUCAGACUUAACUGGCAUUUUGACAGAUGCAACAGAAAUUAUUCAAGCUAUUAAUAGUUUAUUUUUUUCGGUCUCGCUGUAUUGGUUUUAUGGCAUUCAGAACCACAAUGUUGAUAUUAUAUUUAUGAUCGGUAUCAAGACCAAUCACUUCUUGAAAGUUGCGUGGUUGUUGAAUCCUAUCUUUAUUUGUGUUAUUUUGUACGCUAGAUGGGAGGUAAUGGAAACUUAUGAGUUUCAGGAUUCAUAUUACAUCGAAUCAAUAGAUAUGACUUGUGAUUUGCUGGUGUUGUAUAUUUUAUUGGGAAUUUAUUCUUUUAUUCUGAUGGUCGGUUUUAUGUUACAAAUAGCAAAAUAUUAUCAUAAUCACGAAUGCCGUGAACUAUUUAGAGCGAAAGAAACGUUUGGUCCGAAGGACAAGAUUUUGUUUAGGAGUAGGAAAAUGUUUGUUCCCGAGAUAAUGACCAGAGAAUUUCUAUAUCGUCAAAUCCGUAUCCGGGGCUAUUACCAAAAACAAAAGACAGGUUGUAAAAAGAACCUAAAGACGUUUGCAAAUGAGGACGCUGAUGAUAGGUCUUAUAACGGUAGUCUAUAAAUGACUUAAUACAGUUCAAUGGGCCUUCGUUAUGAAGUGGCAUACAGAAUAGGGUAACCGAUAUCAUUUGCAGUUUGACGAUUCUAGAUUCUACCAUUUAGACUAACUGUUUUCUUUUAUGUAACAUUUGCCAUUCUCUUUGGGUAGUAUAUGAUAUAUAUUUUAAGGUUUUACAUCAGAAUCGAGCUUCGGCAAGAUACCUCAUAAGCUCAUUUAAACAAAUCUGCUCAUUAUCCGUCACACAUUGCACGAAAUUAAUUAAUUUGACAGAUUUCAGUUUUGCUUGACUAACCUGGCUU